AUGGGAGCACUUGAUUACCUCUCCAACUUUUGCACAGUCAGAAGCACCAGCAUCAGAGGCAGAAGAAAACCUAUGCAGACAGUUGAAAUCAAAGUCAAAAUGGACUGUGAUGGAUGUGAAAGAAGAGUGAAGAAUGCUGUUAAGAACAUGAAAGGUGUCAAGACUGUGGAUGUUAACAGAAAGCAAAGCCGAGUAACAGUUAGCGGAUAUGUGGAGCCAAACAAGGUGUUAAAGAGAGUAAAGAGCACAGGAAAAAGAGCCGAAUUCUGGCCCUACAUACCUUACAACUUGGUCAGUUAUCCUUACGUUAAUCAAGCCUACGACAAACGAGCUCCCGCUGGUUUUGUCAAGAAUGUUGUUCAGGCUGUCUCAGCCCCAAAUUCUACGGAUGAGCGAAUGACAUAUCUCUUUAGUGACGAUAACCCUAAUGCUUGUUCAAUCAUGUGA